GAGGAAGGGAUCCGAUAUGCUUGUGCUGGCGGCGUUUGCGCUCUUAUGCUGCGAGGGCAGCGCAGCAUUCAUGGCGUCUUCCUUCAUUCAACGACUUCGAACCUCUUCUGUCCGUCCAAUCCAGCUACUGAGGACUCAGAUGCAUCCUCAUCGGCUGUCAACAUGGCGUUCAAGCUCAAGAAGAGCCCACAUCACUAGCAUGGCAAGGACGUUUGAGUUCGUGCCAUAUGGACAGAAGUUUGAGUCCGACAAGAAGAGUAUCUGUGUGGAUGGUCUUGUCCCUGGCACGAGCUUGCAGCUCACACACUGGAACGGCAAUGAGACACCCAAGGAAUACAAGGCCGAUCUCUCUACGGAUAUUGUCUUGAAAUUCAUCCAUGCAGAGUUGGGCUCAGAGAAAAACAAGUGGAAUGAUGCCGUGGUCUUGAACAACCACUUCGACACAGACGGGCUCCUUUCGGUUUGGAUUAUGCUGAAUCCAGAGGCAGCGAUGAAGUACGAGCGAAGAAUGGUGGAUGCAGCAGCGGCUGGAGAUUUUGACGAAUGGGGAUUGUCAGAUUGGGGCCUGCAGCUUGAUCUUGCUUUCUCGAAGCUUGCAUCACAAUGCGAUGGUGACAAACAGGCAUAUGAGAAGCUUUUACCCAUGGUUGAGGACAUAUUGGUCAACGUUGACGAUCGUGAGGAGCUUUGGAAGGAAGAGCUUGAUGAGAUGUACAAGAUCUUUGACAUGGUUUGCGAUGACAAGAUCGUGACUACCCGAGUUUUCGACGAGAGGUCCAA